AAUUUAGUUUAAAAAUUUCCUUCUAUCAUCAUUUUACGCUUAAAAUCACUUCUAAAUGCAGUAAAACGCAUUUUUGUAUCGAAAAUACAUAAUGUAUUUGUGAAACGGUUCAAAAAAAUUCAACCGAACGUUCGCAGCCAACAGCUGCCACAGUUGAACCCACCCUUUUCCCAAAACACACGAUACAUAAAACGAGUGGCUGCGUACUGCCUCACAUCGUGACAACAAUUUUUGACACAUGCAAUGAAUAAUUUCGUGUCCCUGCGUGCUUCUUGGUAAUUUCGGUCACGAAAAUGACCUAAUGAAAUAAUCUUAAUAGAUCUAAUGUGAAAACAAACAAUUCUAUCACAAUUGGAUUUUAACAUUCAACCGGUAAUUUCAACCCCCGUGUGUCACAUCCAACGCAAACAGCUGUACAAACCUUGACCAAAAACAUAAAACAGCCAUCCCCUUGCUGGUGCAGCUGUGUUGGUGAGCUCGGUUCGGUUCGUCUGUGUUGUGUGUACCACCAGCAGAAGCAGCAGCAGCAGCACAAGCAGCACCAGUAGCAUAGCAGAAGCAUAACUUUCUCGUCCUUUACACCGUCGAUGACACACAAAAGCGUGCAGAGACACAAAGUGCAACAUUUUUAAAGGGGAGCACAGCAGGGCAGUGAGUGUGCGUGGUGUGGUGUGGUGCGGCAGAUGCUUCUAGUGGGUGUGCUGCUGCUUUGUGUGGUGGCUGAGAGUUUGUGCAGAAAAAAGAAAACGUCUUAUCCACCAAACGCGUUGUAAGUGCAAAUCAAAAGCCAAGUGAAAAGUGUGUAUGCAUGUAUGUGUGUGCGUGUGUUUGUAUCGGGGAGAAAAUCUCACACGCACUCGAUAAUUGUCGUGGGUUGACUUCGCUUGUUUUCUUUCCAUUCCAUUUCGAUACGGUACGGUGAGAGGGUGUGUUUCGUUCGUUCAGCUGCCUCAGUUCAGUAGCAUUAAACCACGCAGCAUUACCACCAAUACCAAAGGGAAUACAUCAAGGAGAUUCUUCUCCGCUGCCUUCCUCCCUCCUUCCUUCACUACGAAGAACCUCAACUCCAAGACACAAACAAACAAAUUACGGCUUCUGGGGGUCUGUGCAUUUCUUCCACCAAUUUGGCUCACGCGCGUGCUCUCUCUUGUUCCGUCGUGUUGUACACGCAAUCGCCGCCGCUCUACCACACGGCGUAACUUUUCCAGCCAAACCACCAGCAGUGCAAUGAAGUGGUAGUUCCGUUCGGGUUUUAAUGGAGUGUUAGAAGGAGUAUUUAUUGAGCGGAUAUAGUGCUCCGUCCCCCCCCCCCGGGAAAGUUCUUAAAUUCCAGUGUUUUAAAAAAAAGGGAAGCCGCUCAGUGUGUGUUAAAAGUGACCAGAGCAACAACGGUUACCAAGCAAAGCAGGCGGCCCGCUGCCGAAACUGUUGAUAUCAUCAUCAAUCGUGAAGAUCGAAUUUCGUGUGCGUUCCUUUUUCCGAUACCGGCCGCAUUGAGUGCGCGUGAAAGUAGUGGCGUGGAACGCUAUUUCCACCUUCUCUUCCUCUCUCCUUUUCAAAGUGUAGAUGUGUGUGUGAGUGCGUUUUACGGCCUGCAACCGUUAAAAGCAUAAAUUCUAAUCGACCCCAAAAACCCCCCAAUCCGCCCCAAGUGGCACGGUUCAAUUCGGUGCUUCGUGUUAAAACCUGAAAAGUUAAAACCAUUCAACCUAGCCCCUGUGUGUAUGUGUGUGUGUGUGUUUGUGAUUGCGUGUGGAAAUAAAUUUCCCUUCACCGCCGUGCGGGAGGGUACACACACACACAGUGUGCCUCGAUACGCUCGUAGGCCGGCAGCGGUCCAUUAGAACAGUGCGGUGCGCACCCAUUUCCCACACGGACGCCGACCGUCGCGGGUCCGGGGGCCGUCGAAAUUAUGUUAAAAGUGAUUUACAUCCUCACGAUUGCCGGUUGUUUACACACGCCAGUGACUUUCGGUCGCGAACAGCAGCAGCAGCAGUACCAGCAGCAGCAGCAGCAGCACCAGCAAAACCAACCGAACCAUUACACCUCGGACACCUCCAAUGGGCUGACAUUUACGCCGUCCGGUACGGCCGGAUACGCCCGCACGGCGUCGGCGGGCAAUGGCAGCAGCAGCAACAGCUACUCACCAAAUGGCAAGUUUAAGCGGCGAAAGAAGACGGAAAAGCUGCACCAGCAGCAGCAGCAGGAUGCGCUCGAGGAGGACACGAUCGAGCCGGGCGUGUGCCAGGUGUACACCGGCACCACCUGCGAGCAGUACCUCCGCAACCAGACCGUCUUCGUGACGCCCGACAUCACGAUGGAGAUACUGGAGGAGCGACUAAAGUCGGCGUACGGCGUGAUCCGCGAGUCGAAAGACAUGAACGCCAACUGUCGCGUGUACGCACUGCCCAGCCUGUGCUACAGCAUCCUGCCCGUCUGCCGGACGCCCGAGCUGACCAACCAUCAGUACUUUGCGAACCGUGCGGCCGCCGAAGCGGCCCAACGGGCCGCCACCAUCGGCCGGGGGAAGAUGCGAGCGCACGAGAAGAAAAACAAUCGCAAACAGCUGCUGGUGAAAGCGGCCCUUUCGACAGUCACAACACCGUACGAAGAGCGCGGCAACGGGACACUCACCACCACGGAACGGCUGCGGGUGUACUUUAGCGGUGGCGUAACGCCCGAUCUCGGCGGGCGCUUUUUCGACGGUGAAAUUGUGACGGAAAACUCGUUGCCACCGCGGUACGAUAAUGCGCGCCGCGGUCGACGAGCUGCCGGCCAUCAGCAGUACGUGCAGCCGGGCGAGGAAAUAACCGUUCUAUCGUACACCUCGUCCUCGUCGGGGCCGAAAAAAUCCUACCCACCAACGCGGAACACGGAAAACCUGCGGCGCAUCUGUCGCAACGACUGUGAGCUGCUGGAGAACGAGCUGUGCCAGAAGGAGUACGCUAUUGCGAAGCGACAUCCAACCAUCGGGCAGAAGCUCCCACUGGAGGAGUGUGACGAUCUGCCACUGCAGAAGAGUGUCGAUGGGACGAUCCUGAACGGCAUCGGAGGGCUAGGGAGUUCGGGCGAUAUGGAGUGUAUGCGGUUGGGGAUCGAUUUGGACAUUAAACCGAACGAUGAUUGCUACUGGGAGAAUGGCGCUAGCUAUCGGGGCAUCAUGGACCGUACGAAGUCUUCGAAAAUUUGUAUGCGCUGGUCGAAGCUGAUGCACACCAUGUCGGAAUUUCCACAUCUGGCCGGUCACAACUACUGCAGAAAUCCACCACACGCCGGUCCAAUGGAUGCACCCUGGUGCUACGUGGACAUGCAAAAAACCAUCGAGUACUGUGACAUCCCAAAGUGCUCGGAGCGAAUGUGGAUGUACAUCAUCAUCGGGUUCGUCGCCGUCAUCUCGCCCCUCUUCAUCGGUAUUGGCGUGUUUUGCUGCCGAAAGUAUCGCAAACAUGGCGUCUCGAACAUCCAAAAUAUCAAUCUACCUAACGCGGACAAGAACAUCUACGGUAACUCGCGGCUCAAUUCUCCAAUCGAGAUGACCUCCCUUAUUGCUAACCAGUCGUCCACGGGGGCCGCUAGUCGCAAUGCCGAAAACGGUGGCAUUCAGGGAUUAACGACGGGCCAGCCCGGGAAUGGCCAUAACCCGGGCCAAUCGUCUCAGUCGCGUAACAACGGUAUCUCGCGCGUCCCACAGUACACACUGCAGGACGUACGGUUCGUGGAGGAGCUGGGCGAGGGUGCUUUCGGCAAGGUGUACAAGGGUGAGCUAACGCAGAAGAACGGCGAACGAAUCUUCGUUGCGGUGAAAGCACUAAAAGAGAAUGCGAGUGCUAAAACGCAGGCAGACUUCAAGCGGGAGAUUGAGCUGAUAUCGGACCUGAAGCAUGACAACAUCGUGUGCAUUUUGGGGGUGGUGCUGAAGGAGGAACCACUCUGCAUGCUGUUCGAGUACAUGGCCCAGGGUGAUCUGCACGAGUUCCUGAUCGCCAACUCACCGAACGAGGGGAAAUCGCUUAGUCAGCUGCAGUUUCUACUAAUAGCGCAGCAGAUCUGCGACGGAAUGGAGUAUCUUGCAAGUCAUCAUUACGUGCAUCGGGAUCUGGCAGCCCGGAACUGUCUGGUGGGUGACAACUUGACGGUGAAAAUCUCCGACUUUGGGUUGUCGCGUGACAUCUACAGCUCGGAUUACUAUCGUGUUCAGUCAAAGUCACUUCUUCCCGUACGCUGGAUGCCUUCGGAAUCAAUUCUGUACGGGAAGUUUACCACCGAGAGUGACGUUUGGUCGUUCGGUGUGGUGCUGUGGGAAAUCUACAGCUACGGUCUGCAGCCGUACUACGGAUACAGCAACCAGGAGGUGAUCAAUAUGGUACGCGCCAGACAGUUGCUACCGUGUCCCGAGUCCUGCCCAAGUGCUGUCUACUCGCUGAUGGUGGAGUGCUGGCACGAGCAAGCAGUACGACGACCCACGUUCCCAGAGAUUGGCCAUCGGCUGAAGAUAUGGUACCAAGCGCAGAAAAGAAGUGAACAAAACGAACAGGGAGGUUUCAACCGCAAGGGCUCGAUGCUGAGCGUCAACACGAAUCGCAUGUCCUCGCAGGGCAACUUGAACAUUGCCACCCCGUCGUCCUCAUCCAGCCAUCACUCGCUGAGCCGGGAGCGUAAUGGAGACGGCCGCUCCGAUCAGCAGCUGCAGAUGCAACAACAACAACAACAACAGCAAGCCCAACCACUGCUUGCCCAAUCGCAGCAGCGCAAACAUCAUCAUCAUUCGUUGGAGCGCGAAAAAAUCCUACGAACAAAUCAAUUACAACAUCAACAGCAGCAACAGCAACUGCAGCAGCAGCAACUUCAGCAAGCUGGACCACCUCAUACGGUCACUUCCCGGCCGCAUCAUCAACAUCACCAGCAUCACCAUUCGCUGGACCGUAGCAACAGUGCGGCGGCCGGCCGGCUGGACGAAUCGAACGCCUCCGCUGGCGAUCAGUUCGAGACGCAAAGCAACCGCAGCUUCUACCACAAUGCGAGCGCAAGUCGAAGCAACAAGAGCAUUCACUCGAUGCAGGAACCGGGUCAGCACCAUCACACCAGCAACCACCAUGCCCAUCCGCACCAGCAGCAGCACCAUGGGCACCACGGCGGCCAGCAGCAGCCAUCGAUGGGACACCCGCAGGGAUACAAAAACUUUAGCCUGCCGCGGAAAAGCAUCGACAGCGGGCACGAGUACGGGCUGGACGGUGCGUCCGGUGCGGAUCUGGCCAGCCUGGCUGCCGCCAGCUGCAGUCCCGGCUAUCCGGCCGCCGGCAACCGGGCGGAGAUGAAGGCACGCCCACCAAAGGACCCGCACCGGCAUCACCACCAUCAUCACCAUCACGGUUCGGGCCGGAGCAGCCGGAAUCGGAUCGAUGCGGUGGCGGCCGUUGGCAGCUCUAUCUCGUCGCUGCCCGGUAGCAGCGAUCUAGCGUCCGAGCUAGACCGUCAGGCACAGCACAUACCAAAGAACAGCACACAGUCACUGGUUGCCGGUCAGCAGCAACAGCAGCAGCCGAUGGCUGGAGCAGCACAACCACCGAUGCCACCGAUCGGGCGCAAACCGAGCCACAGCGGAAGCAUCCUCAGCGUGGCCAGCAGUACGAGCGAGCAGGCGUGUGGGAUCAGUUCCUUUCAGCCCGGUUUCAGCUCACCCGCGCCAACAGUGACGGCGAACGGAGUCGUCACUGGUGUUGGUGACGCCCCAAUGCUGCCACAGAGCGUUCUAAUGCAGUCGUCUUACCACGAAGGCUAAUGCGUUUCGUUUCAAAAAAAGGCCGUUUUAUCAACUAGCGUAGCGUAGAUAAGGAUAAACAGAUACUCCCCACAUCACAUCAUCCCCAGUGAAUAUGUUCUACAUGUCACCUCCUGUGUGGCAUAGAACACAACCAGAUAUAGAGAGAGCGUUGGCAGUUGGCAGUAGGCAAGUUCGGUUUCAUUUCAAUUCACAUACAUUGCAAAACCCGCUCAAAACCACAGCACCGGAUCCUUCACUCUGGAUGGUGUGCCAUGUUUCUCGAUCUCAAACAUUGGACUGCUAGUGCAUUAGGAAUUAGGCGUUAGGGAAUGGGACACACCACGUGUUCAUUCAUUUUCCAUUCAAAUCUCAUUUC